AUGUAUGCACACGGCCGGUAUGCCGGCGUCGGGACAGACCAUGCUGUAUGGGAGUGCUGGGUCUCCACGGAACCAGCGGUUGCAACGCCAACGGCCUCCUCCUCCGCAAACCUGCACAGAACUCCUUACCAACGCCUACUUCUGCCCUCCGACGCGGGUAGUGGCAACGUGGAUGCACCCUUGCUCGCGGAGCUGAUGUCUGUUGGACUAUAUUUUCCUCUGGAGACGAUACCUCCACAGCGUGCUGGUGACAGUGGCGAUCUGCGGUGCGGACGGCUGGAUGGAUCACCGUCUCAUCUUUAAGAUGAGACUGCGACUCCAACCUCGCAGAUGACCACUUGAUGGAUUAAAUGAAUCCUGUCAAAUGUGUCUGCUCGCUACCCCACACACAUGGCGCGCCAACUGCGCAACGGAAUGAUGGCUCAAGUCACGGACAAUUGGGCGGUCUCGGAAGCGAUAAUGGGAUAAAGUAGGGAUAUGUACCGCUUCCACCCUCUUUAGCCUCACGUCCUCCACUAUGCUGAUGGACGCUCAUGAUGAGGAGCGACCAAUAAUAAACAUUGCCUGCGAAUUCGAUUAA